AUGUCUUUUGUCGCGGCAACAUGCACGCUCAUAGAAAUCGUCAAAUACAUGACCGAAGCCUUGACGCCGUGGACCGUGCUGUUCACGCACAUUGUCAAACUGACGUGCGCUUCGGCGAUCCUGGCCCUCGACGUGGUGGUUUAUGCGCAAGAGAAGGAAUAUCAGUCACUUGUCGGUAUCGGCUUGGACGUUGCCUUGUUUAUCACAGCCAUCACAUUGGCAAUCUACGCCAUUCUCACGUACCGACGGCUGUCCGCGUUUGAUGACUACGUGCGCCCGGCCAACGUCAAAGGGUACGGCUUCAACGACGGCGAAGACGCGGACUUUUCCUACUCUAGCCGCCUGAGCAUCCGAGGUUCCAUGGAUAAACGCGGCACAGUUGGCUCACACCGUCCGAGCAUCGGGUCUCUUCGAUCCGUCAAAAACGAACCCGCCAUCUUGAACAAUAUGCAACGAGCACCAAGCUACUACAGCCACGAGCGAGAUACACAAUUUGACGAAUACGUGGCACGCCGAAGUUCGCUCGGUGCCCGGUCAGAUUUCGAGCGGCGGACGAGCGGCGACUACCGACGGGACAGCCCCCCGGGAGACGUGUCGCCAGACUCGCUCGUCGUGACUGGCGUGGUGCCGAGCCGCACUCGAGGUACUAGCAUCACGCGUGAAGUUAGUUACACGAGCGACCAUGUGCUGGUUGCUGUGCCCGAGGAAGAGCACGAGGCGCCGGACGAGGCUGCUCGGCAGGACGACGGGACGACGUUGCUGGGGAGCAGUCGACGAAACAGCGACGAGCAAAUUAUGCAGCUGCACCCGGUUCUUCAAGAGGCGGAUGUUCCGGAGCCGAAGUGGCAGCGGGAGGGAGUAAUACUUGAUGAUAUUUCGAUAUACCCUUGA